AUCGCUUCGAGUUUAGGCCAGGGGCCCAGGGCAGUGUCAGUGACCAAUUUCGCCAUGCUGCCGUGCCGAUGGGCCAUCCGGCCCACAGACGCCAGUGGCCCGAGGCCAGCCCGGCCCGCUCCACCUCGCCUAGAGAGAGAAUGGCCACGUCGGCAACCGGCCGGUCACCUUUCCUCUCCCGCACUUCACACUUCACACCACCCAAAAAAAACCUAGCAGAACAGCAAUGGCGUCCCCGCCGCCGGCAACCCUCGCCGCCGCCGUCCUCCUCCUGCUCCUCGUCGUUUCCCACCCACUGGCCUCAGGGCUGGAGCCCUCCCUCCCGGCCUCCUCCCCGUUCGACGCGGCGCUGGCGGCGCUGCAGGGCCGGAUCGGCUACGCGUUCGGCUCCCCGGACCUGCUCCGCCGCGCGAUGACGCACGCCUCCUACUCGCGCGAGAACGGCCGGGCGCUGGCCGUGCUCGGCCUGGCCGCGGCGGAGUCGGCCGCCGCGCUGCGGGCCCUCGCCGCCGACCGCGACGCGCCGGCCUCCGCCGUCUCCCGCGCCGCGCGCGACGCCGCGGGGGAGCCCGCCUGCGCCGCGGCGGGCGCCCGCGCGGGCAUCCCGGGCGUCGUGCGCGUCGCCGGGUCCAUCAAGGCCUCGGCCCCGCCCGUGGUCUGCGGCGCCCUCCGCGCGCUCCUCGGCGCCGUCGCCGUCGACAACGGCACCGCCGACGCCGCCGCCGAGGUCUUCUGGCGCCUCCACGUCGUCACCGCCGCCGCCAUGUGACGCGUGCACGAGUAAUAAAUCAUCCAAGAUGGUUUGCACUUGCACAUCAGUGUUCACAAGUAUAUUUACUAGUAGGAUAAGUGAAGCUGCUGCUGCAAUCUACCUCUAUGUAAAUUAUGAACUGCCACCUAGAGCCUGGAUGAAAAUCAUCAACUUCCACUUUGAUUCCGUAUGCAAAUUAUGAACAGUCACUCAGAGCUCUGAUGAAAAUCAUGAACCUCCACUUUGAUCUUGUAUGCAAAUUAUGAACUGCCGCUUCGAGUUGUGCUA